AUGGGCGAGCGGGCUGGGCGAGCAGGUGGCUUGUCCUCCGUCUCUCCUGAGCCCAGGCACCGUGCCGGCUGCCCAGGGAGCGCCUUUGUGCCCGGCCCCGGGAGCCCGCGACGGCCGCUGGGCGCCCGGGUCCAUUGUUUCGCUUCUCUGACUCUUCCGGGCAGGUGCCGGCGCCGCGCGGGGCCCGCACGUGCCAAAGCGGCGGCCGGAGCGCCGGGACCUGUGGGCGCCGGCAGGGGUGUCCGCGGGCGCGCGGCAGGAGAUGAAGUACCUGAAGCCGUGGUGGUCGGACGGCGGUGGUCUCCUGCACCUCACCAUCCUGCUGAGCUUGGCGGGGCUCCGCCUGGACCUAGACCUGGACCUGGACCUCUGCCUGUUGCUCCCGCCGCCCACCCUGCUCCGGGAUGAGCUGCUGCUCCUCCGGGGCGGCCCGACGAGCCCCGCCUACGCUCUCAGCCCCUUGCCCGCCUCGGGAGGGUGGGGGAGCGCACACCAACUGCACCCGAAGGGCCGGGACCCCGACCCCGCAGCGCCGCCCGAGGGCCAACUGCUCCGGGAGGUGCGCGCGCUGGGGGUCCCCUUCAUCCCCCGCACCCGAGUGGAUGCGUGGCUGGUGCACAGCGUGGCGGCCGGGGACGCCGACGGGGCCCACGGGCUGCUCGGCGCCGCCGCCGCCUCGUCGGCCGGAGGUGUGGGCGCCGGCGUGGACAGCGGUAGCCAGGCUGCGCCGGGGGGCGGCGGGGACCCCCGAGCGGCUCCGAGUAGCCCCUUGGCCGCCGGGGAGGAGGAGAAGGCACCGGCGGAACCGACGGCUCAGGUGCCGGACGCCGGCGGACGCGCGAGCGAGGAAAAUGAGGUACUAAGAGAGAGGCAUGAAGCUGUGGAUCACAGUUCUCAGCAUGAGGAAAAUGAGCACAGAGUGUCAGCCCAGAAGGAGAAAUCACUGCAGCAGAAGAAUGAAGAUGAAGAUAAAAUAGCAGAUAAACCUGACUGGGAGGCAGAAAAGACCACUGAAUCUAGAAAUGAGAGACAUCUAAAUGGAACAGACACAUCUUUCUCUCUGGAAGACUUAUUUCAGUUGCUUUCAUCACAGCCUGAAAAUUCACUGGAGGGCAUCUCACUGGGAGAUAUUCCUCUUCCAGGAAAUAUCAACGAUGGCAUGACUUCCUCAGCACGGUAUAACGUAAAUCUUAGCCAGGCUGUAAGUCAUGAUGUGAAUCUCCAUGAGGCCAUGUUGCUGUGUCCUGACAAUACAUUUAGAAGAGAUCAAGUAGCAAGGACUUCACAGCCACAGGAACCAUUUCUGCAGUUAAAUUCUCAUACCACCAAUUCUGAACGGGCCCUUCCUGGAACUAACUUGUCAGCAUUUCUUCCAUUUGUUGACAAUCAGAUGAGGAAUCUAACAAGCGAAGACUUUUUACAUGACCUCGAUAUAAACAUAUUUGAUGAGAUAAAUUUAAUGUCUUGGGCCACAGAAGAAGGUUUUGAUGCAAUGGAAGCUUCUCAGCUUUUUGAAAAACCAGAUUCUGAUUCUGGGCUUUCCUUAAAUUCAAGCCACAAUAGCACCUCUGUCACCAAGUCUAAUACCUCUCACUCUGUGUGUGAAGGUGCCACAGGUUAUAGUGACUUUGAAUCUCUUUCCCACCAUGACUUAGAAGGGGCUGUGGGAGGCUGCUACCCAGAGCCCAGUAAGUUUUGUCCCAUGGGUCAUAGGAGUUUUCAUGGGGACCUUGCAUUUCAACAUGUAUUUCAUAACCACACUUACCACUUACAGCCAAGCGCUCUAGAAUCCAAUUCUGAACCUUUUUCACGGCAUGGAAAGCCACAGAAAUUGAGUAGGUACCUCAAUGACACAGACAAAAAUUUAAGCCGUGAUGAACGGCGUGCCAAAGCUCUGCAUAUUCCUUUUUCUGUAGAUGAAAUUGUCCGCAUGCCUGUUGAUUCUUUCAACAGCAUGCUAAGCAGAUACUAUCUGACAGACUUACAAGUGUCGCUCAUCCGUGAUAUUAGACGAAGAGGGAAAAAUAAAGUUGCUGCUCAGAACUGUCGUAGGCGCAAACUGGACAUAAUCUUGAACCUAGAAGACGAUGUAUGUAACUUGCAAGCAAAGAAGGAAACCCUAAAGAGAGAGCAAGCCCAGUGUAACAAAGCUAUUAACAUAAUGAAACAGAAACUGCACCACCUUUAUCAUGAUGUUUUUAGUAGGUUAAGAGAUGAUGAAGGUAGGCCAGUCAAUCCAAACCAAUAUGCUCUUCAAUGCAGCCGCGAUGGAAGUGUUUUGAUUGUACCCAAGGAAGUGGUGACCUCAGGCCACAAAAAGGAAAACCAAAAGAGAAAGAGGAAAAGAGAAGAAAUUGAAGAUGGAGUCCGUUAAUAUGCAUAAAGCAGUAAUGUUCAGAAACUGAGGUUCAACUCAAGUGUUACAUCUUUUAAGUACUCCUACUUUAAUCAUUCAGUUAAAGCUAUGAAGCUUACAUGGACAAAGAUUUGGGACUUGAAGAUCAGACUUGUAGGAAAUUUGGGGGAAACCACUUUUCAUGAAGCUCUACUACUGCAUUACAUGCAUGAUUCAUAAGUAGUAUGUACAAAGAAUAAGGUAAGGUGACAUGAAAACUAAGAUGGUCACUUUAAAGAGAGCAAACACUGGAUAUAAUUAUCUUAAAAUGUUAUUUUUUAUGACUUGAAAUGCAAAGUAGCCUUAACCUUUUCAUUUAGUUUGUUAGCACUGAAGUAUAGUGAGCUUUCCCAAAGGUAUUUUACUUUCUUAUGAAUACUUAUAAAUUAUAACUUUUUCUGUGCAAAUAAAUUUUAUAUAUAAAAAGUUAACUUUUCCCUUUUAUACAGAAAUUCUAAGCAAAUUUACUUGGGGUAUUUUUCCUCCAAAAUACUAGCAAAUAGGACAGCGCAGUAUUUAUUUUUAAAAUUUGCACAAAUUGAUCCAACUCAAGCCAUACUGAAGUCAACAUACAUUAUAUGAAAUAAAACCAAGGUGCCAAAAACAAAAAUGGGGCUUUAAAAUAUUAGGGAGCUAGAACUCCCUGGCAGUAAGGCCAGCCUGUAAGAGAUGGUCUCACAUCUACAACACUGAUGUCUCAAAAACUCAUGGAGCUUAAUGUGAAAACAUUACAAGCCAUACAGGAACACACAAGAACAAACCAACAGUAAGGAAACCGUUAGUAGAUGAGCACAGACUUGACAACCAAAGAACUGGAAAUACUGGAACCAUAUGACAGAUUUUUAAAUGCUGAACAGUAGCAAAAAAGAUAAGUAUUUGUUAAAAACAAGACAAUAGGAAACCAGAAGGUUUGAAAACAUAAAACAUAAAAACAGUCAGUCCUAGAAUUUAAAAUGAAACCUCAAUGAAUUUACUGGAAUAAACAAGAAAUUUUUGAAGAUAGUUGCCCCAGGCUGUGAAGGUUGGUGAACAAUCAACGUGAAUACUGUUAGUUUGAUUUCAAAAUUUGGAGAAUCGAACUUGUCAGAUCUUAUUUCUGCCAUAAGAAUCAUUUCCUACAUAGAAUAUCAGAAGUCAAGGUAUUAUCUUGGGUUACAGAAAUAGUAUUUAUACAGUCUAGAUUUUUACAAUCAAUUUUUUUCCAUUUUAUAUUGGGCCUAGGCAUUUCUUUCAAGCCCUAGAUCUCACCAGUAAACUGCUUCUAGAUACAUCACUCUUCUCACCAGUUUUGUACAGUGAUCACACACACAGGUUGGCUUUUUGCAAGGGAAUACACCUCAAAUGUCUUAAUUUUUGGUAUUCAGAUUUAUAGCUUCAGGGCACAUCACCACAAAUUAUUUCAAGUCUACAACAUGAAAAUCUACAGUACCAAUUUACUUGUAGGUUUCAAAACUGCCAAGCAAUCCUAUUCCAGGGCCUACUUGUCAGACUUGGCAUUUUUCUCCCCAAAUCCCUAAAAAUAUUAAUACCGCAAUGAAAUAUAGCAUCAAAUGGGCAAGAAAAAAAGACCUGUAGUGGAGAGCUGGGACUCAAAACAUUCACAGUAACUGAAGCUGAAACUAUAAACAAUUAGUAAGGUAUUUGGUGCAUUGAAACCCACACAAUGAAUCAAACUUGCAACAGCCAGUUGAUGAUCUCAUUUACCGUGGGCUAGCUGACAAGGAUCACCUCACAGGACAAAAAUCACAAUGCAUUCAGGGCAAGUAGACGUAAGCUGCUUACUCCAUCAUUGAUACUCCAGUUUUAGCACUUAAAAAAUCUCACACCAAGAUUUCAGUCUAAACUCCCUGUUUA